AUGACACCAAUUGAUUAUUCGCGUCUCAAGGUGACACUUCAAGGUCACUAUUACUACCUGCGCCGUGAAGGCCCAUUGCCCGAGGGCUGUGGAUGGUUCACUCUCAAUGAGAAGAAGACGUACUGUGCUCCGUUGAUGGCGGGACAAGACACGCCGACCACGGUACCCUUUCAGAUUGUGGGCUGGGUUGGAACGAACCUGAACAAUACUGGGAUCUUCGGAGGGUGGUCACCGACCGGACAAUAUGCACCCGGUAGUUCGCGGCGCACGUUUCAACUGGGACCACCGUUGUCGGGUGUCUUUCGCGACAAUUGGACCGCAGCUAUCACCAAGUUGAAAGAAGUUCAGACAGCAGGAGCGAACAACACUCGAAAAGUUCGAUAUCUCUUUGUCCAUGAAAAUGUACCUCCGUUGGAUAGCCUGAUCAGGCUCGGUUGUAAAGUAUUCUGUGAUCUUGAUGAAGGAGAAGGUCCUGAUGAGCUGCUAUCUUUGUCGAUUCCGGCUGACAAGAAGGGGAAUGCGGAGUGGGUGGAAAUAAAACAGACCAACAUUGCUGGUGCUACUGUCCGCAUGACGUUUGGGCUUCGUUGCUGGCGUUUCAAUCCAAAUGAGCCGUUUUCAUUUGCAGCUGACAUCGUCCGCAUUGAUUUGCUAAGCACACCUCAUGAAGAUUGUGGCCCUCGUAUUGGAUUUCCUGUUACACCCCCAAUAAUACCUCAAAGAGGCUUAACCUCUUCGAAUCCGGGUCAUACCCCUUCAUACCGAAGCCAGCCUCUGUUUGCCUUACAAGAUAGUGGAGGGAGCCAAACUGACCGCGCCUUGCUUACCAGUGGAGGUCCCAAUGGUUCCCCCCACACCCCAACUCGUAAUCCACCUCGCUACGCUAUGAACUAUGUCUCUCUGAUGCCUGAGGGUCAUGCCAUUAACUCACCCUAUUAUGGUGUCAUGCAGUCCUUUCAUGGCGGGUCACAAAGUCCUGACGGUGGGCUUGGCGCCGCCUUUCAAAUUACCAGUGGUGGUUUCACACCUGGCAGUAUGGAACCUCAACGCUUCAAUAUGCCGUUUGAUAGCACCAACGCGCACCCUAAUCUGAGUGGUAAUGGUGGAGCUGGAGAAUACCGCUAUGGAUGGAAUGGCGGAGAGGGAAUGAACAUUCCCAGCGAAAACAACAAGUCCGGUGCCAAUUAUCAUGGAACCCUUUCAAGUGCGAUACUUACAGCAGAUGGUCAAAGCACCAAAGUCAACAAUGGAGGUACGGAGACUGCGCCUGGUGCGAUUGCGGGCUCCGGGACUCCAAGCAGCAGUGCAGGCAGUGAUAAAAUGGAUUUUCCUCUUCACCGCCAAGUACCCUUAGUACCUCAGUACAACAACCCAGUGAACACAGCUCCUCAAUACGUAUACACAGAUUUCUGGAUACCCCCGACAUUUAAUGGGAUUAGCACUGAUAAAGGAACAUUCGCUUCGUUGGGACGCCGUUCUGUCGAAGUCCGCGAUGGCCAAGGACGUGAAACAGUCUUCAGUGUCUAUACAGAAUUACAGGACAAACCAAGUGUCCGUGAGCGGCGACUCAACCAGGCCGUCCAACGCUGCAUCGAAAACGGAAGGGCGCCAAGGGGAAAUGUUCUUGUCAUUAAGCACUGGGCAGGAUGCAUGGACUUCACAGAUAUUGAAUGCUGGGACAGAGGCAUCGUCAACGACAUAUUCCAAUCAAUGUUCGGUGCCAGUGCAUGA